CCAAUCCUCGCCGAGGCGCGAAGGGGUUGUCGGGAUGGGGGCCAGAGCCAACAUGGAGCCUUCAAUGGGAUAAGGGUGAAACUUCCGUGCCGGCUGCUCCUGUCUCCCGCCCAGUCAUGUUGGUGCACUUAUUUCGGGUCGGGAUUCGGGGAGGCCCUGUCCCAAGCAGACCGCUACUCCCCCUCAGCUUCCAGACAUUCUCGGCUGUCAGGCACUCCGAUGGCCGCCACGGCUCCCACCUCCUCCGGGCCGUGGCCCAGCUGCGGUGUCAGCUCCGGGCCCGCCUCCUCCGAGCGCCCCCAGCUCCCCGCCGAAGCCCCUCUGCCUGGCGCUGGGUCGGGGGGGCCCUGCUGGGCCCCGUGGUGCUGAGCAAGUGCCCCCGCCUCUGCCUGGUGGCGCUGUGUGAGGCAGAAGAGGCCCCUCCUGCCGACCCCCGGCCCUAUGUCACGGAGUCCCACUUCCACUGGAGGCUCUUCUGGCAGUUUCUGCGCCCCCACCUGCUGGUCCUGGGGGCAGCCAUCCUGCUGGCACUGGGUGCGGCUCUGGUGAACGUGCAGAUCCCCCUGCUCCUGGGCCAGCUGGUGGAGAUCGUGGCCAAGUACACAAGGGACCACGUGGGCAGCUUCCUGCAUGAGUCCCGGAGCCUCGGCACCCGCCUGCUCAUGCUCUACGGGCUCCAGGGCCUGCUGACCUUCGGGUACCUGGUGCUCCUGUCCCGCAUCGGCGAGCGCAUGGCCGUGGACAUGCGGAAGGCCCUCUUCGGCAACCUGCUCCAACAAGACAUUGCCUUCUUUGACGUGAAGAGGACGGGGCAGCUGGUGAGCCGGUUGACCGCCGACGUGCAGGAGUUCAAAUCGUCCUUCAAACUCGUCAUCUCUCAGGGGCUGCGGAGCUGCACCCAGGUGGCCGGCUGCCUGGUGUCCUUGUCCAUGCUGUCCCCGCGCCUCACCCUGCUGCUGGCGGUGGCCACGCCCGCCCUGAUGGCAGUGGGCACCCUGAUGGGCUCAGCUCUCCGAAAACUGUCACGCCAGUGUCAGGAGCAGGUUGCCAGGGCGACAGGUGUAGCCGACGAGGCCCUGAGUAAUGUUCGGACUGUGAGAGCCUUCGCCAUGGAACAGCGGGAGGAGGAGCGCUACGGAGCAGAGCUGGAGGCGUCGCGCCAGAAGGCAGAGACCCUGGGCAGGGGCAUCGCCUUAUUCCAGGGGCUCUCCAACAUCGCCUUCAACUGCAUGGUGCUGGGCACCCUGUUCAUCGGGGGCUCCCUCGUGGCAGGCCAGCAGCUGAAGGGGGGAGACCUCAUGUCCUUCCUGGUGGCCUCCCAGACCGUGCAGAGGUCCAUGGCCAACCUCUCUGUCCUGUUUGGUCAGGUGGUUCGGGGGCUCAGCGCGGGCGCCCGGGUGUUCGAGUACAUGACCCUCAGCCCCUGCAUCCCGCUGUCCGGGGGCCACUGCGUGCCCAGGGAGCACCUGCGCGGGUCCAUCGAGUUCCGCAACGUCAGCUUCAGUUACCCCGGCCGCCCCGGCUUCCUGGUGCUCGAGGACUUCAACCUCACGCUGCCCCCCGGCAGGAUCGUGGCCCUCGUGGGCCAGUCGGGCGGAGGAAAGACCACCGUGGCUUCCCUGCUGGAGCGCUUCUACGACCCCACGGCGGGCACAGUGACCCUGGACGGACGGGACCUGCGCACCCUUGACCCCUCCUGGCUCCGGGGCCAGGUCAUCGGCUUCAUCAGCCAGGAGCCGGUGCUGUUCGGGACGACCAUCAUGGAGAACAUCCGCUUCGGGAAGCCGGGCGCCUCGGACGAGGAGGUGUACGCCGCUGCCCGGGAGGCCAACGCGCAUGCGUUCAUCUCCCGCUUCCCGGACGGCUACGACACCGUGGUCGGCGAGCGGGGCGCCACCUUGUCCGGCGGCCAGAAGCAGCGCCUGGCCAUUGCCCGUGCCCUCAUCAAGCAGCCUGCGGUGCUGAUCCUGGACGAGGCGACCAGCGCCCUGGACUCGGAGUCUGAGCGGGUCGUGCAGGAGGCCCUGGACCGCGCCAGCGCCGGCCGCACCGUGCUGGUCAUCGCCCACCGGCUCAGCACCGUGCGCGGGGCCCACCACAUCGUCGUCAUGGCCCACGGCCGUGUCUGCGAGGCGGGGACCCAUGACGAGCUCCUGAAGAAAGGCGGGCUCUACGCGGAGCUCAUCCGGAGACAGGCCCUGGCCACCCCGCACCCCCAGGCGCCCAGGGGCCCUGGGUCCUGAGAGCACUGCCCAGCGCAGCGCCCGGGGCUGAGGACUGCGCCCCAGGGGUCCAGCGUGCUGGCCGUGGGCUGCCCCCUGCACACGGCGAAACUCGGGACAGGCACCCGGCUGGGCACGGCCCGGGCCCCCGCUCUGAGGAAACCACAGGCGGGGCCAGGGAGUUCUGCCCUCGCCCGGGCCAGACCUCACCCGCCUAGGCUGACUCCCUGUGGCCCUUCGUCCCCACUGCCUCCCGGGGUCUGGGGAGGAGCCCCCCACCCCCACUCCCCAGCCAACCCCUUGACCCCACAGUCCUUAUUUCUAGAGUUCACCCCCCGCCCCAUCCAAAUGGGGCCGGGGCCCGACAGGCCCUCGGGCAGCAGAGGGGGCAGUCUUGGGCCAGCCUGGCCCGGCCUGUCACCUGGUGAGAUCGUGGACAGCCCGCUCUACCGAGGACACCAGCUUGGAAGGGAGCCGACACUCCUGGGACUGCGACAGCCAGGGGGACACGCAGUACCCGCUGCCCCCAAUCACAAGGGCGACAGUGAUGCUGAGCCCUUGGGCCGGCAGAUGCAAACCUGGCUGGGGAGGGGCAGCCACCGCCACACCGGGCGAAGUCGGGACCGGAGCCCCGCCUCGGAAAAGGACUGUCCGGGUGCCCGCACCCGUGGGCCUGCGGCCCUGCAGCUGCGAGUGAGGACUGCGAGUAGCCGGUCUCCCCGCAGCCCUCCUGACUGGCUCUGCCCUCGUCACCCCUGCCAGGCUGACCCGGCAUUUUGGGCAACUUCUGGGGCACAGAGGGCGCAGCCACAGAGCGAGGGCGGCGGCAGUGGCGGGAGAAGCAGAGCUGCCUGCUUCUGGAGGCCAGUCCAGAAGAGGCAGCAGGGGCCCAGGGGUGAGUGCAGGCGCCGAGGGAGAGACUCCACAGCCCCUUCCAGGUGUGGCUCAGGACCCGGCGCCACCCCAAAUGUCCCAGGGCCACAGCUGCCCUGCUCUGCUGCCCCGCUCUCUGACCAGUAGGGGAGAGGCCACACCCCAGGGCAGCCUCGGCCCAGGACGAGGAGUGUAGGGCCGACUCUGGGUGUUUUCACGCUCAGUGGCCAGUGCACCCGAGGGCAGGCCUUCAACAGCCCCCCAGGUCCCCACCGGCCUGCCCGGCCCCUUGCUCGGGAGAGCCGGUGGGGUCAGCUCCUGCUCCUCAGACCCUGGCCCGGGCCUCCGACACCAGAUUCCAGGUCUCUGUGCCCCGUCAGGCCGGUUUCUGUGACCCCUGCCCCCAGCUCCCCUGGGGGAGCAGGAGCCAUGGCGAGUCUUCCGGGGGAGGCCCUGAGGCUGGCACCGUAGCCUGAACCUCGACCUUGGCUCCUUUGGCUCUUCCACGCGGAUCCUGAGCCUGGCUGUGCUUCCUCUUCAACGCUCGUCUAAGAGCUUAAAUGGGCCCUGGCAGGUGGCUCAGUGGGUUAGAGCAUCGUCCUGACACACCAAGGCUUCGGGUUCAAUCCCAGGUCAGGGCAUGUCCGAGAAACAACCAGCGAAUGAGUAAGGGGAACAACAAAUCAGUGUGUCUCCCUUCCUCCCUCUCCAAAUCGGUUUAAGAAAACCUUUGUAAGAAGUUAGAGUGGGGUCAUCUGUGGUGAACUACGAAAAGCCCGCAGUGCCGCAGCCUCCCAACGUGGUCGUGUCGUCCUGGCAAUAAACCUCGUCACCCACUCA